CGGAGGUUUGAGAAUGGCCAAACCAUUCCCUCAACUGCUCGUUGCUGCAGCUCAGCAUCAUCUCAGUGCAAAGAAAAAAGGCUUAUCUCGGUCUGCCUCUUUGCAGCUGGCUGGAGAGAUACUGGCUGUAGCUGCCGGCUUAAAGCCCGCUUUCCUGUAUGAUUACAAUUUGGCUGGGUGUUCUCAGAUCCUGAGCUACGUUCAGCAGCUUCAGACCAUCAGUGAGCUUGGAUGCCGGCUACACAUUUUGAGCAUCGCUGAUAACGUUCUGAUCAUCAACUUGGACAUGACGGUGCAGUGGCUGGAGACACUCCAGCUUGACAACAAAAUCGCCUUCAUUGAUGUUUCUGCUGCCAGGACAAGUCCUGGCUUCUGUGAAACAGCAGAUAUAGAUUCCAUAAAAAAACAUAUAUCUGAGUUACUGAGUCAUCUUAAAGCACUGGCAGCAGACCUGUCCCAGGACCUUUCCUCCAGUGCUGUCUUUUCUGCUGAAUGGAAUCUAUGUACCCUUUUUGGGGUAUUGCUAGGCUACCCGGCAGCCUACAGUUUCCCUGCUCCAAAGAGCUUUGACAACUGUCUUUCUCUGGCCCCACUGAGGGUGUUCACUGUCCAAGCCACCUUCUGCAGGAUAAGCAAUGACCUCCGAGUCCGACUUUAUUCUUUCAGUGUCCCAGAAAACUUAUGCUCUGUCAUGAAAACUGGUAUUGAUGAGUGGUGUGAAAAUCUGCAGGAUGCUUGUAGAUCUCAGAAAGACUUUUCAGAUCUUUGCAUUACUACUGAGGUUGUUACUUUAGAGGCAGUGGCUUUGUAA